UUGAGUGACAUUGACAAUUAAGUGGUGAAUAACAAAGUUAAUAUUUUACUACUUUAAAAGCUAUCAUAUUUAUUUAAAAUCCUGCUUUAAAUCAAGAAAAUAUCUAAAAAUAAAAACUAGCAAUGGCGAAAAAUACUUCUAGCUCGGCGUUUCGUAAAAUAGACAUUGACCAGUACAAUGAAGAUAAUUUUAAAGAAGAUGAAACUGAAUCAUCCGGUCCUACGGGCCCUGACGAAGGAGAAAUUUGUGCAUUACUCAAUCAAGGAAGAUAUAUAGAAGCACUUAAAUUGGUGCUUGGCAAUGCACCGGUUGGAUCAACAAACCAACAAGUCAAAGAUAAUGCACUUGCUAUUACUUUGAAGGUAUUACUUGCUAUCAAAUCAGCACAAAUAGAAGAAGCAGUUGGAAAUCUUUCCCUAGAUGAUAUAGACAUCUUGAUGAAAUACAUCUACAGAGGUUUUGAAUACCCAUCCGAAGGCUCCAGUGGACAUCUGCUGCUGUGGCACGAGAAAGCUUUUAAUGUUGGUGGAUCUGGCUCUAUUGUUAGGGUUCUUUCAGACAGAAUGAGAGUCUAAACUUCAUACCAAAUAUUUAAAAUUAUAUAAGCUUCAUUUAAUAUAAUAUAUUAAUUUUAACAUUA